CCGGAGGUGCGGGACGGGAGCCCCGGGUCCGGAUGUCCAGCCAGUGCACCCCGCAGUUACCGCCCGGAACCGCCGGGUUUGGAGGGGUUGGUUUAUUUGGGGGGGGGGCGGGUGCAGGUUCCACCCUGGCUGGAGCUCUCCGGAGGCCGAGGAAGGGAGCUAGCACGCCCAUCCCCAGCGGGAGCGUCCCCGCCUCUGCUCAGCGCCGGCUGUGGACCCAGGCAGCUCAGCCCGCCGCUCUCCAGUCUUCCUCACAGUCCUCUGCGGCAGGCACCCCGAUCGAUCGCGUCUUACUUUCCAGAGAGAAGCCGCAGGCCAACAUUCCCCAAUUCCCAGCUCCUUGCCAUAAACCAGUAACAACCCCCCCACCCCAUCUCUGGAGUCCUGACUCUGGAUUUGGGGGAACCAAACUGGACAGGAAAGUCCCCAGGGCCUGGAGGUGUAGGAGAUUGAAAUCAUGACGACAGGAAAGAAAACCGAUCCCGAUACUGAAACCCAAACCUUGGUUGAAUCAAUGAACUCCUACUUUUCCACGCUACGGUCCAUUCUGAUGGUGAUUUUAUUCUGAUUUAGAUCGCAUUUGUUUGCUUGUUUGUUUCCUACUUGAUUCAAGGACCAUGCUGAAGAUGUAACACGCAGAACCAUGUUGACAGCGGGCUGUUUUUCCACACCACCACCCUCUCCCCACCCUUCUCUCCUCCCCACGAGCAACCAGGAUCAGAGUAGCUGAGCAAAUUGCCUGAGCUGACACUGGAAACUACAGCACAAUCCCCAUGUCAGCAGUGUUUGAACACAGCCUGAUUAUUUCAGAAAGGGGUCUGCCGUGAGGAGCAUGUCCCUUCAGAAGCGAUUUCCAGCCCAGUCCAGCUCCACAGCGGUGGACGCCCAGCCCAUGGCUGCCGUGGGAAGUGUGAAGGUGCUGCUGCACUGGGUCGGGCCCGCAGGUGGGGAGCCCUGGGUCACCUUCAGCGAUUCCCUGCUGACUGCAGAGGAGAUCUGUGUUCAGAUCGCACACAAAAUCGGCAUCACUCCGCCCUGUUUCAAUCUCUUUGCCCUCUUCGAUGCCCAGGCCGGAGUCUGGCUGCCCCCAAACCACACCCUGGACAUGUCCAGAGACACAAAUAUGACGCUGUUAUUCCGAAUGAGGUUUUAUUUCCGCAACUGGCAUGGCCUGAAUUCUCAGGAGCCUGCUGUAUACCGCUGCGGAUUCCCAGGGGUUGAAGCACCCUCAGAACGGGCAGAGCAGGGGGUGCAGCUCUUGGACUCAGCCUCGUUUGAGUACCUCUUUGAGCAGGUGCAGGUGACCGGCACGGGGGGCAUCCAGUGGCGGCCGGUGCAGGCCGAGGGGCUGGGUUCCCAGGAUUCCAAGGGCGGCAAUGGCGGCAGCAGGAACCCCCAGGCCCGCCCGUCCCGGAAGAAAGGCAAGGCCCACCCGGCGGGACAGCAGGUGGUGGGCAGGCCCUGGGAGUCGCCCUGGACCUACUUCUGUGAUUUCCAAGACAUCUCCCACGUGGUGCUGACAGACAGCCGCGUCAGCAUCCGCCGGCAGGACAACCAGUGCCUGGAGUUCAGCCUGCUUUCUCGGGCCAGCGCCUUGUCUUUCGUGGCGCUGGUGGACGGCUACUUCCGCCUAACGGCCGACUCCAGCCACUACCUGUGCCACGAGGUGGCGCCGCCCCGGCUGGUGAUGAGCAUCCAGGAUGGCAUCCACGGACCCCUGCUGGAUCCGUUUGUGCAAGCGAAGCUGCGGCCAGAAGACGGGCUGUACCUCAUUCAUUGGAGCACUAACCACCUGUACCGCCUCAUCCUCACAGUGGCCCAGCGUGACUCGGCACCCGGGGUGCGGGGCUUGCGCCUCCGGAAGUUCCCCAUCCUGCAAGAGGCCGGGGCCUUUGUGCUGGAGGGUUGGGACCGCUCCUUUGCCAGCAUCAGGGAGCUGCGGGUGGCUUUGCAGGGCUGUGCCCUGCGGGCUGGCGAGGACUGCUUCCCCCUGCGCCGCUGCUGCCUGCCCCGACCUGGAGAAAUCUCCAACCUCCUCAUCAUGCGGGGGUCGCGGCCCAACAGCCAGCCGCCUAAUCUCAGCCAGCUCAGCUUCCACCGGGUGCAUCAGGACGAGAUCACCCAGCUCUCCCACCUGGGCCAGGGUACAAGAACGAACGUGUACGAGGGCCUCCUACGUGUGGGGGUCCCUGAGGAGGAGGAGGAGGACAAAGUGGACAGUGGGAUCUCCCUGGAACCAUGUGGAGGCCGUGGGCAGGAGCUACGCGUGGUGCUUAAAGUCCUGGACCCCAGUCACCACGACAUCGCCCUGGCCUUCUACGAGACUGCCAGCCUCAUGAGCCAGGUCUCCCAUGCACACCUGGCCUUUGUGCACGGCGUGUGUGUGCGUGGCUCCGAGAACAUCAUGGUGACGGAGUACGUGGAACACGGGCCCCUGGAUGUGUGGCUGCGGAGAGAGCGGGGCCACGUGCCCAUGGCCUGGAAGGUGGCAGUGACCCAGCAGCUGGCCAGUGCCCUCAGCUACCUGGAAGACAAGAGCCUGGUUCACGGUAAUGUGUGUGGCCGAAACAUCUUACUAGCCAGGCCAGGGCUGGCAGAGGACACCAGCCCAUUCAUCAAGUUGAGUGACCCAGGCGUGGGCCUGGGGGCGCUCUCCAGAGAGGAGCGCGUUGAGCGCAUACCCUGGACGGCUCCCGAGUGCCUGACCGGCGGAGCCAACAGCCUGAGCACCGCGGCCGACAAGUGGGGGUUUGGCGCCACCCUGCUUGAGAUCUGCUUUGAUGGGGAAGCCCCCCUCCAGGGCCGUGGCCCCUCUGAGAAAGAGCGUUUCUACCAGAAGCAACACCAGCUACCCGAGCCCUCGUGCCCUGAGCUGGCCACACUCACCAGCCAGUGCCUGACCUAUGAACCUGCCCAGCGGCCGUCCUUCCGCACCAUUCUGCGCGACCUCACUCGGCUGCAGCCCCACAAUCUAGUGGAUAUCUCUACCGUGAACCCUGACUCCCCGGCCUCGGACCCCACGGUGUUCCACAAGCGAUAUUUGAAAAAGAUUCGGGAUCUGGGCGAGGGGCACUUCGGCAAGGUCAGCCUGUACUGCUACGACCCCACCAACGAUGGCACCGGGGAGAUGGUGGCCGUGAAGGCCCUCAAGGCGGGCUGCGGGCCCCAGCUCCGCUCGGGCUGGCGGCGGGAGAUCGACAUCCUGCGCACGCUCUACCACGAGCACAUCGUCAAGUACAAGGGCUGCUGCGAGGACCCAGGCGAGAAGUCGGUGCAGCUGGUCAUGGAGUACGUACCUCUGGGUAGCCUCCGGGACUACCUGCCCCGGCACAGCGUCGGGCUGGCUCAGCUGCUGCUCUUCGCCCAGCAGAUCUGCAAGGGCAUGGCCUACCUGCACGCCCAGCACUACAUCCACCGAGAUCUAGCCGCGCGCAACGUGCUGCUGGACAACGACAGGCUGGUCAAGAUCGGGGACUUUGGCCUAGCCAAGGCCGUGCCUGAAGGCCACGAGUACUACCGCGUGCGCGAGGAUGGGGACAGCCCCGUGUUCUGGUACGCCCCAGAGUGCCUGAAGGAGUGCAAGUUCUACUAUGCAUCUGACGUCUGGUCGUUUGGGGUGACACUCUACGAGCUGCUGACACACUGUGACUCCAGCCAGAGCCCUCCUUCGAAAUUCUUCGAGCUCAUCGGCCUCACCCAGGGCCAGAUGACAGUGCUGAGACUCACCGAGUUAUUGGAACGAGGAGAGAGGCUGCCGCGGCCCGACAAAUGCCCCAGUGAGGUCUAUCUCCUCAUGAAGAACUGCUGGGAACUGGAGGCCUCCUUCCGCCCGACCUUCCAGAACCUCAUUCCCAUCCUCAAGAUGGCUCAUGACAAGUACCAGGCCCAGGCCCCUUCGGUGUUCAGUGUGUGCUGAAGCGUGGGGACAGGUCAGCGCCCAGAGCAGGCCUCCCGGACCUACAGUCUAGACACCUCCACUUCUGUAAACUUGUUUUUCUGUGUGCCAGUCCUGGGGCUUGAACUCAUGGCUUGGGGGCUGUC